CGGAACCGGAAGCGCAAGGACGCGGUGCCCAACAUGGCGGCCGCCUGGCUCGCAGGUCAGGCUCCCCCGGCGGCGAGGCCUCCGGGCCUCCUCCGCAUUCUGUGGCUCGUGACCGUCGCCGCGGGACACUGGGGCGCGGCUGCCUCUGGCGCCGUCGGGAGCGAGGAGACGCCCAAGUGUGAGGACCUCAGAGUAGGGCAAUAUAUUUGUAAAGAACCAUUAAUAAAUGAUGCUACGCAAGAACCAGUUAACUGUACAAACUACACAGCUCAUGUUCAGUGUUUUCCAGCACCCAACAUAAUUUGUAAGGAUUACAGCGGUAAUGAAACACAUUUUACUGGAAAUGAAGUUGGUUUUUACAAACCCAUACCUUGCCGAAAUGUAAAUGGCUAUUCAUACAAAGUGGCAGUUGCAUUAUCUCUUUUUUUGGGAUGGCUGGGAGCAGAUCGAUUUUACCUCGGAUACCCUGCCUUAGGCUUGCUAAAGUUUUGCACCGUAGGAUUUUGUGGAAUUGGGAGCCUAAUUGAUUUCGUUCUUAUUUCAAUGCAGAUUGUUGGACCUUCAGAUGGAAGUAGUUACAUCAUUGACUAUUAUGGAACCAGACUUACAAGACUCAGCAUUACUAAUGAAACGUUUAGAAAAACACAGUUGUAUCCAUAAAUGUUUAAAGAGAGGCGCAGUAAGAUUUGAACCUCCUUGAUUUCAAUAAAGAGUCUCCUAUGUAGAAUUCCAGAUUUUCCUUUUCCUUAAGUACUACUUUAUGGGUUCUAGAUGAUGUUUUGGUGUGUGCUCAAUUUUGAUUUGUUGAUUUGAUUAAAAGUAUUAUUCCUAUGUUUAUUUAAUAGUCAUUUUUAAAAAUUAGUAUAAUAGUAUUUCGAGGGUUUCUAUCUCUGUGAGAUAGCUAGCCUAUUAUUCUGUUACUAUUAUUGUAUUACUGUACUGUCCUUUACAUGUCACUUGUCAUUUUUAUUGUGAAAAAUAAAAACUAUAAUUUAUUAAGAAAACCUUCUUAUUGUCAAAUGGCGCUGUCUUCCAUGUAGUGAUCCUUUGAGCAGGAGAUUCGUGGUGUGCACAAUCAGGGUUCACGCUGUUUGGGGCUGCCUUGUCCUGUGUGUCGGCCCCUAGGUGCUGCAGCCUUUAGUUCUGUGUUGUAUGAUGUCCUGGGAGCUAAAGAUCGUCAGUACGUGGGAUGUGAAAUGUGAACUUUGUUUUUUGGCUUGGAGGGUGAUACACCAGCUAUGGAAAGACCAGGUGUGACUACUCCAGCUCACCGAAGUUACAGCUGACACGGGGUGUAGUCAUUAAUUGGACUGGGAGAGCAAAUGCUUUUCAUUUUUUUAAAAGGCAGAAUCUCAUACCCAGGCUGUCCCUGAACCCACUGUAGUCCAGGAUGCCCUUGAAGGUGUAAUACUCCUGCCUCCACCUCCCAAGUGCUGGGAUGAGCAUAUCUACCAGCAUACCCAGUUUUUGCGGUGCUAGGUCUUCUUGUAUGAUAGACAAGUGCUUCACUUGCUGAGCUGCAUCCCUCGGCCCCAGAGCAGGUACUUCUCAAAGUGUCUGUUCACACACACUUAUUACAAGAGUUGUUGACUUUGUUUUCAGUGUAAUUUCCACUACAGGAACACCUUUGUCUAGUUCUCUAUUACAUUAUACAUGUAAUGUGUUGACAGAUGUUUCACUCGUUUUUUUAUUCUAUUCAAGUUUGUCAGUGUUUCCUUUUGUUAAGCAUUAUUUCGUCAUGAUCAUUCAUUGGUAUCUGUGAUUUUAUAUGAUUACCCUUGCUUUUAAAGUGGUGGGGAAAUUGUUAGGUUGAUUAGCUCAGUCAUUCUAGAAGUUUACUCCUAAGUCCCGCGAGUAAAUGCAGAAGCAUGGAGUGCCCUGUGGUGGUCAUUUACAGAUGCACCUGAAAGGGUUAAUGCUGCUUCCAGGAUUAACUGUACCUAGACACUUUGUUGUAGUCCCAGCUUUUGCUUCUAUUGUAGAAGGCCAGAUCUUAGGUAGUUUAUAAGAAACAGAGGUCACUUUUUUUUUACAUUGCCGGAGAAUUGGAAAUUGAAUAUUGAGGUACUGGGCUGUAUCAUACCAUGGCAGGGAAAGAGCAAGCAAAUAAACUCAGGUCUCCCUCCCAGCCUCCUGGCUUCACAGUCCCUACUAUACCCCAAAGGCUCCACCCAUACAGUAUGUGAGUUUGGGGACAAACCAAAAUGAUAGAGCCGCAUAGAUAAACUAAAGCACCUUCUAGACAAGUCACAAAAAGUUUUCGAUCUCAGCCAUCAAAAUUUGUUCACAGGUCCACAAAACCCAUAAGAAAUAUAAAUUUAUGAGUAUGGUUUCUUUUACACAGAAAAUUUCCCUCCCUCCUUCCCUUCUUCCCUCCUUUACCUCCUCCAGUGUUGGGUAUCCACCAGGGCCUUGCGUGUGCUAAGUGUGUCUCUGAGCUACAUCUUUGGGCCUUCUCCCCUUGUUUUAAUCUAAAUGCAUAAGAAUAUGUCAAGGAGUAUAUUUGCUAGGCACCCAGAAAGCUAAAGAAUCUAUUUUUGUUUCUUUAGGAAUUUUUUGUUUGUUUGUUUUUUGUUUUUCGAGACAGGGUUUCUCUGCAUUGUUUUGGAGGCUGUCCUUUUUUUUUGCUUUGAGACAGGCUCUCACUGAACCCGAAGCUCGCUGUCUUGGCUAGGACUUUGGCCGCAUGGUGAGAUGUCAGAGGAUCUACUCAUCUUUUCCCCAGUGUUGGGGUUGCAGGCACUCAAGUCUAUGUCCGGCUCUGCUAGAGGUUCCAGGGCAGGUCCUUGUACUCUCAGAGGAAGCCCUCCUACUCACCGUGCCAUCUCUCCAGUCUCUCAGUCCUUCUCUGUUUGUGUACACAUAGGCUGGUUCCCUAAUUCAGAUGUUGUAAACCGUGCUGCAAUACAGUGGGUGUGCACUUUCCCCUGAGAUUUGCUGACCUGGCAUUUUUGAGCAAUACUUGGGAGUGGUAUAGCUGAGUCAUGUAGCAGGUCUAUUUCUAGUUUGUGGGGAAUCUCCGCAUUGCUAUCCACAGUGGACUUAUUUAUAUUCCCAACAUUGGGUAAGGGCUCCUUUUUUUUUCACAUCCUUGCCAGCAUUUGUUAUUUGUUUUCUUAAUGGCUGCCAAAACAUCUAGUAGCAAGAAACUGGCAAGGGAGAAAAACUGAGUUCUGAAAAUCCAGGCCUCUCUUUCAGAAGGGGCAUGCCCAGGGCUGUGGCCCGCGUUCCUUCCCUCUCCCCUCAUUCGCCACAGCCCUUGUGCUUUCUCCUGUUUGCAGAACUGGCACAUAUCUGAUGAAGAACUUUUUGGAAAACACCUGAAAACUCUGUUUCUGCUAGUUUCUAUGCAUGCUUGUACAUUUUUCUCACAGAGAUGAUACACUAUGCACACUUAUGACAGCUUCACGUUGUAAAGAUUUUUCUGUCUCAAUAGAUAUUGUUUAAUUUGUAAAUUGCAUUUAUUUAUGUGUGUAUAUAUAAAUAAAAAUAUUUGCAUUUGUUACAUUUA